GGCGGCGACGACGGCAGCUGCCGCGGCGGUAGCGACGGCCGCGGAGACUCGGAGCUGAGAGGAGCUGCGGCUCGGACCAGCGCGGUUAAAUUUCACACUAUGUGCUGACUGUAUCUACAGAAGAUAAUUUAAAAAAAGAUAAACUUUUUUCAAAGGUUUUGAUUCCAGUGGAAUCUUUGCUUUAGAUUUUGUGUGUGUGUGUGUGUGUUAGUGAAUUGUAACUCCAGAAGCAAUGCCUGUACAAGCUCCACAAUGGACGGAUUUCCUUUCCUGCCCAAUUUGCACUCAGACUUUCGACGAAACAAUUCGAAAACCUAUCAGUUUGGGUUGUGGCCAUACUGUCUGCAAGAUGUGCCUGAAUAAACUCCACCGCAAGGCUUGCCCAUUUGACCAGACCACUAUCAAUACAGACAUUGAGCUCCUCCCUGUGAACUCAGCAUUGCUACAGCUAGUGGGUGCUCAGGUCCCUGAGCAGCAGCCCAUUACAUUGUGUAGUGGUGUUGAAGAUACAAAGCAUUAUGAGGAAGCCAAGAAAUGUGUAGAAGAAUUAGCAUUGUACCUGAAACCGCUCAGCAGUGCUAGAGGAGUGGGUUUGAAUAGCACUACUCAGAGUGUUCUCAGUCGCCCGAUGCAAAGGAAGCUUGUGACUCUGGUCCACUGCCAACUAGUGGAGGAAGAAGGCAGAAUUCGUGCCAUGAGAGCUGCUCGAUCUUUAGGUGAACGAACAGUUACAGAGCUCAUUCUCCAGCACCAGAAUCCUCAGCAACUCUCUUCCAACCUUUGGGCAGCAGUCAGAGCUAGGGGCUGUCAGUUCCUUGGACCAGCGAUGCAAGAGGAAGCUUUAAAGCUGGUUCUCCUGGCCUUAGAAGAUGGUUCUGCUUUGUCAAGAAAAGUAUUGGUUCUCUUUGUGGUGCAGAGGUUGGAGCCACGGUUUCCUCAAGCCUCUAAGACUAGCAUUGGUCAUGUUGUUCAGCUUCUUUAUAGAGCUUCUUGCUUUAAGGUCACCAAGCGUGAUGAAGAUUCUUCUUUGAUGCAGCUGAAAGAAGAAUUCAGAACCUAUGAAGCUUUGCGACGAGAGCAUGAUUCCCAGAUAGUGCAGAUUGCUAUGGAAGCAGGCUUGAGAAUUGCACCAGAUCAAUGGUCCUCUCUGCUUUAUGGAGACCAGUCUCAUAAAUCUCAUAUGCAGUCCAUUAUUGACAAGUUGCAGACCCCAGCCUCUUUUGCACAGAGCGUUCAGGAACUAACAAUUGCUCUCCAGAGGACUGGAGACCCAGCAAACUUGAACCGCCUAAGACCCCAUUUGGAGCUAUUAGCAAAUAUUGACCCUAGUCCAGAUGCUCCUCCUCCUACAUGGGAACAGCUAGAAAAUGGGCUGGUUGCUGUGCGUACCGUGGUACAUGGCCUGGUUGAUUAUAUUCAGAACCACAGCAAAAAAGGAGCAGAUCAACAGCAGUUAUAUUUGUUUUUCUAUGCAUGCGUUUUCUUUUUGUAUAGAUUCCGUAAAAUGAACAAACGUCUGGUCCCUAGAAGACCCCUGAGUGCCUCUUUGGGUCAGCUUAAUGAGGUGGGCCUGCCUUCAACAGCAAUCCUUCCAGAUGAAGCUGCAGUGGAUCUGCCUAGCAGAAAAGCCUCUGCUCUGCCCAAUGGAAUUGUGUCAUCAGGGAACGCAGUAACACAGCUCAUCCCACGAGGCACGGACCCCAGCUAUGAUUCUAGUCUGAAACCAGGAAAGAUAGAUCAUCUGAGCAGUAGUGCUCCCGGAUCCCCUCCUGAUCUGCUAGAGUCUGUCCCUCAAAGUAUUUCUGCCUUACCUGUGACUACACAUCCCGUACCUCAGAGGGGGCCACCAGAGCUGCCUCCCCUGCCUGUCACCAAGCCCCUUCAGAUGGUACCUCGAAGUUCUCAGUUAUACCCACCACAGCAAGCUGAUGUUUAUUAUCAGGAUCCUCGAGGAGCUGCCCCACCAUUUGAACCAGCACCUUAUCAGCAGGGGAUGUACUAUACUCCACCACCACAGUGUGUGUCCCGCUUUGUCCGACCUCCACCAUCUGCUCCUGAAGGUGGUCCUCCAUACUUGGAUCAUUAUUCACCCUACCUCCAAGAUCGUGUUGUAAGCUCUCAGUAUGGCACACAGCCUCAACAGUACCCAGCUAUGUACCCACCUCACUAUGACGGCCGUCGAGUGUACCCUGCUCAGUCUUACACAGCAAGAGAAGAGAUUUUCAGAGAAAGUCCUAUACCCAUUGAGAUUCCGCCUGCAGCAGUACCAUCUUAUGUACCAGAGACCAGAGAAAGGUACCAGCAGAUGGAAGGUUACUACCCAGUGGCUCCUCAUCCAACUCAGAUCAGACCUUCAUAUCCCAGAGAGCCUCCUUAUGGCCGACUUCCUCCUCCUCCACAGCCGCAUCCUAGUCUGGAUGAACUGCAUCGUAGACGAAAGGAAAUAAUGGCCCAGUUAGAGGAAAGAAAGGUUAUCUCUCCACCUCCUUUUGCACCUUCACCAACAUUACCACCUGCAUUCCAUCAAGAGGAAUUUUUGGAUGACGAAUUGAAGGUAGCUGGGAAAUACAAAACAAAUGAUUAUAGCCAAUACUCUCCUUGGUCAUGUGACACCAUUGGCUCCUACAUUGGAACCAAAGAUGCAAAACCCAAAGAUGUUGUGGCAGCAGGGAGUGUGGAAAUGAUGAAUGUAGACACUAAAGGAAUGCGAGACCAGCGAUUGGAUCUUCAAAGAAGAGCAGUAGAAACCAGUGAUGAUGACCUUAUCCCAUUUGGAGACCGACCAACAGUAUCUAGGUUUGGUGCCAUCUCUCGAACGUCCAAAACGAUAUAUCAGGGUGCUGGCCCAGUGCAGGCUAUGGCACCUCAGGGAGCUCCUACAAAAUCUGUUAACAUUUCAGAUUAUAGUCCAUAUGGAGCCCAUGGUGGCUGGGGAGGCUCUCCAUAUUCACCCCAUCAAAGUAUACCUUCUCAGGGACACUUCAGUGAGAGGGAGAGAAUUUCCAUGGCAGAAGUGGCCAGUCAUGGAAAGCCCCUUCCGUCUGCUGAGAGAGAACAGCUCCGACUAGAACUGCAACAACUGAACCAUCAGAUUAGCCAACAGACCCAGCUACGGGGAUUGGAGGCUGUUAGUAACAGGCUGGUGUUGCAGAGGGAGCCAAAUGCCCUGGCAGGCCAGCCGCAGCCCCCACCUCCACCUCCAAAGUGGCCUGCAAUGAUCUCCAGUGAGCAGCUGAGCUUGGAACUGCACCAGGUGGAAAGGGAAAUUGGGAAGAGAACUCGGGAGCUCAGUAUGGAGAAUCAGUGUUCUCUGGACAUGAAAAGCAAAUUGAAUACAAGUAAGCAACCAGAAAAUGGACAACCAGAACCACAAAACAAGGUUCCAGCUGAGGACCUUACAUUGACAUUCAGUGAUGUACCGAACGGAUCAUCCUUGGCACAAGAGGAUAUCAGCCUCCUGUCAAACAAGACCAGCUCUCUGAACCUGUCAGAGGAACCCGAGGGCAGAGGGGAUGACAGUGACUCCCAGAGAUCGAGAGUUACUCCCAGUUCUGCUCCCUAAAACAUGAGGAGUCCUGCUUUGAUCUACUGCUCCUAAUCAGCUAUGGGGCACAGGGGUAAAAGAACAGAUGACUUCUAAACUUUUUCUCUAAGAGCGGUCAGAGAAAUCCAGGAAAAGCACCGAAGGCAAUGUGCACAAACACCACUACUAAAAACAAACCCUGCACAUAGUUCACAUUAAUGCAUUUUUUAAUUUAAAGAAAAAGAAAAUUAGCAGUAUCUGCAAGCAAUUCAGAUUAAAUUUGUUUUUGUUCUGUGAAUGAACUUUAUUUUAAUAACUUUGGACGCCUUGGAUCCAGGGCUUUAAAAAAGAAGAAGAUAUUAUAUAUACACUCUGUUUGAUUAAUUGUAUGAUCUUAAUGAAGUAGGUUUUCUUGUACUUUGGUAUUAUUACAUACCCAGUGUAUAAUUCCUUACCUCCAAUCCUUCCUAACUCUCACCACCACAUAAACUAAACCAGAAAAAAAGCACUGGCAUUUCUGAGACUUCUGUGGUGGUAGAGGCAGUGGUAGACCAAGUUAUUAGAAAAUGUGCAGCAAACUAAAUUUUCUCAGAGCUGUUCUGUGGAAUUAUUUCCUUUCUGGACCACUGACUUCAGGAAUAGAUUAUGUUUUCCUUAUGACAUUGAAACUUUGAGUUCCUCAUUUGCAUGUUAAGGAUCCUCUGCAUUUUCUUAAUGUAAUCAAAGAACGGAUCCAUUGUUUACAUUGUUUGAUUAAAUUUAUAUGAAGUUUAUUUUAGGAAUGUACUGGAACUUACUAGCAUUGGAAAUAUGGAGCUGGUGUAUUGCCUGUUGAACUCAUGUUUAUAAUUGGAAACUUGGAGUUGUGCUUUCUGAAUUAAACUUGCUGAAAUCAUAGGAUAAUUAACCAUGUUUUAAAAACUAACACUUGAUUUGAACUCAAAAUUAAUAGGUAGGAAAAAAAAUUAAUAGGUAGGAAUACAUUAUUUCAGUGGGUAUUUUUGUUUUCACUUUCAAAACCUAAAAGCAUAAAAUAAAAUUCCUGUAUACUGGAGCUCCUGGCUUUCAGAGAUUUGGCAAAUACAAACUGAGUCUUAAGGAUAGUUCAUUAGAAUUACUAGCAUAAAUAGGUAGUAAAUAACCUAGCAGUCAGCUUUCAUAGAACUAGCUUUCUAGCAUUAACAAAGCUUCUUCAUAACAGGAUGUGGUUGCACCCACCUGUAAGCUCAGCACUCUGGGAGGCUGAGGCAGAAGGACUGCAAGUUGGAGCCCAGCCUGAGGGACUUAGUGAGACCCUGUCUCAAAAUAAAAACUAAAGAAGGGGCUGGAAGAUGGAACUCAGUACAAAGCCCCUAGAUUCAAUCCCUAGUACCUAAAAAUGAAAAAAAAGUUUCUUCAUGAGAAUGUUGAAAAGAGUAAGGAAGAAUGUUUUUAUUAUUUGGUUAUGCUGCACAUAUUCUGAUGCCACAAGUCUAUACUUAACCCCUAUAAAACGUUUACUGGGAUUGUUUUUAUAGUCACUCUUUCUCUCUCUCCAUCCUAUAUUUGCCUUAUAUUUUCAAUUCCCUUUCUGGAUUAUACUACUAAUCAGAAAGCACUGGUUAUGUAAUAAGUUACUGCAUUGCUUUGGUUGGGUAAAGCAAACGUUUAUAUUUUUCUUGUUUCUUAUAUUCCUAACCCUUAACUCCUGCUGAGGUCGUAACAACCUCAGUCUAAGCUCCGUACCCAUCAUAUUAACUGAAACAAAUGGGGGGGGGAAGGGUAAUACAGUCCUGCCGUUGCCUACCAGUAGGAGAGUCCAAACAGAACACUCUUUUGAGUAGCAAUUAUUUAAUUUGCCCAGUCAAGGCACCGUGUUUAUAUACUAUUUCACAUUGAAUUUGAUUAUGCCCUACAGACCUGGCUGGUCAAGGAUUUGAUAUACACAUAUUGGCUUGGGAUUCGAGCUUUCUUUUUUAUUUAAAUAAAAAUUUAUAUAUAUUAUAUAUACAUAUAUACAUAGCUAUAUCUGUAUAUAUAUUGGGUAUGUUUUACGGAUUUCUUCGCAUGAGCGCAGCUGUUGCGAUAAAAUGACUGAUUGGGAGGUAAAAGCACUGAACGAAAUUGAGGCAUUUUUCUCAGUUGAAACAUACAUUUUCCUUUCUUUUUUUCACAUUCAUACAUUUACUUUUUUGGCUUUUUUUUUUAACUUAAACCCUCUUAAUUUAUACUUUAAAUACUUUGUUGGGAGAAGGAAAGAAACUACUGUUGUGUCUGACAGAGUCUUAAGAGUUUUCAUUUCUCUGUGUAACUAGAAAAGACAUAGGACCGGGGAUUUAGCUCAGUGGUUCCAGUGCCUGCCUUGCAAGCGCAAGGUCCUGAGUUUGAUCCCCAGUACCAAAAAACAAACAAAUAAACAAACUAUAAAAGACAAAAUAAUUGGCCUGUUAACUUCCAUAGGCAGGUUUGGUUAGAUCUUAUUUCUUCUUUGGAUAUGUCAGAUAAUUUCUAAGUUUUAUAAGCUGUUGGUUUACUUUGGAAGUUAGAGUGAUUGAUUCUGGAAUUAGAAAAUAAUUUAUGGAUGUUCGGUUGGUUGAGAUUCAGAAAAAAUAUAGUUACAUUUUGAAUAUGUAUUGAUUGAGACUCCUAAUAACUCAAAUUCUGUUAUUUUUGUUCUUAUUCCUCCAAGUAUGCUAGUGUCUUUCUUUAAUUUCAUUUGGGGCAACAUAAUUUUUAAAUUGUAGUUUGAAUUCUGGCUGUACCCUUUGAAAGUCCCAUACUGUAGACACAGUCUGGCUGGUUAGGAAUAGUGGUGUACUCCUCUGUUGUGUCUAAUUCAGCUAUUUUAUAUUUUAGAUUGGUCAUUCUGCCUAAUGCCUAAUGAAAAAUUCUUACAGCUUUUCUAGUACCCACCAGCAGGUUCAUGAAUUCAAUAAAACCCCCAAACUUUGGGAUUUGGUUUGGUUGGUUUUGAGUUUUUCCUUUUACUUUUCUCUGAUACACUCUGUACUAUGAGGAGCCAGUAAGGAUAAAUAGCCAAUUAAGGCAUAACUAAUUGACUCUUUACCUGCUUUUUAAAUCCACAUUCACAAAACAUUGGUUUUUUUCUUCUGGCUUUUAAAUUUUAUUAGUGCCUUUAGAAACAUUAAGACAUGAAACCAAUUAGAUAGGUAAUAGAAUUCCAUGAUUUCUUAUUUAAAUAUUAGUAUCUUCUUAAUAAAACUGUUUGCUUUUUCCUGAAUUCAGAAUAAGACUUGGACAUCUCAUAUGAACAUGAACACCUCUGAAAAGAUUAGGUAGGAGUAAUGAGCAUUAUGGUCAUUCUUAUUUAGAUAACAAAGCCAGGGGUUUUAUUAUAGUGAGGAAUAUAAGUACUCUGGCUUACUCUGUUUUGAAAAGUCCAUAGGCAAGAGUAGAAGAACUGAGUUAAUAAGACAUCCAGACACUAUUUUCUGUCUUACAUGUAGUUCUUUGGACUGAUUUCUAGAUACUGUCAUAAGAUAAUGUGUAAUAACUGCCCUGUCUUGGAUAAUAUAAAGAGCCUAAAGUGACCAAAGAUCUAUUCUUUAUUACUUUUCUAAUUAUAACAUAGGUUUGUAGUAAUAUUACUCAUAUGAUAAGCACUAUUCUGAAUGUCAACUACAAAUAUUCAGCUACUUAAAAUGUAUAAAAAAUUUGGUACAACAUUAAUGUGAUUCCUUUCUCCCAUCUUAUUUCCCUUCCCUUUUCCUAUUUUUUUUCCCAUGUAUUUAUUCUUUUGCCUAAAAUCAGAAAAUUGGUAAUGUUCUCAUUUCCUACUUUGAGUAUACAGCUCCAUCAGACUUUCCAUGGGUCUUCAGUUUGGAGCUCAAAAUUUAAUUUUAGUUUUCCUAUAAAUAACUUUUUUUCCCUAAUCCUUUUGCAUUCCACAGUUUCCCCCUUGACUUACCCACUACCCUUCCCAAUCUGUAACAGUGACAGUUUGCUGCCUCAAAACAGAGCAUUCAAAUGAAUUCGCUUAGCCAAUAACUUCUGUGAAGUUGCCUUUUCUAAUGGUGUUAUUACUCAGUGAUGCACAAAUGUGGUAUUUGCCCUACUGGUAGGCAAACAAAGGUCUGGUUAAGAAUGGUAACCUGCUGUUUUCUUUAAAGGAGAGCCAAAGACUUGUGCUUUACUCUGUUUUGGUUUGGGGGGAAGUAGUAGCCAUUUUGAUUGUGAAAACUUUUAGUGUCUGUGAGUUCAUUGUACUGUUUAGAUUUAUCUAAAGUUAACUGUUAUAGUUGGCCUUAUAAAAUGAAAAAGUGAUGAAAAUUCAUUUGUUUUUCUAAUGAAUGUCAUCUUUUACAAUAUUGUAAGUAACUGUCCCCACCUCCACUUUUCUUUUUUUUAAUUUUUGAGAUUAUAUUGUUGUGAUAGCAUCUUUCGUGUUUUUACGUUUUUUCACUUGUGCCUAAAGGAUGAUAUACUAUAUGAGUAUGGUUAGGUGAUGAGACUGGAUAAUCUUAACCAUGUAGCCAGGAAGAAAUAGUUGAGUGUAUUCAGUUUAUAUAACGAGUCAAAGAAACUAGAUUCUUUGCACUAAAGAAGAUUCAGUUACUGUUACUUAUAUACACAAUGGUGAUAGGGAGAAGUCUCAUUAUCUUUCACUUUCUUUUUGCUUACUUUAAAGGAUUAAAUAAAGCUUUCAUAUAUAAAAUCUAUCUGUUAAAAACCACCUGUAAUGAUGAUAUUUCAUGAAAAGAAACAGCCCAGUUACUUGCUAGGCAAAAUUAAUAACCUGUCUAGAAAUUAACUGCAGUGUUUAUUUACAUUUUUAUCCUGAAAGAGUCCAGAUACGUUGAAAUUUUAAUUGAAACCAUGUAUUAUCAAACAGAUCUCUCCUUCAGAAAAUAAAAAUUAGAGCUACUAAACUAAAAAUGAAUUUUAUUCUCAAUCUUAGGCAUUGAAUAAACAAGUGUUGUAGAAGAAUUGCAAUUAAUAUUUUUUUAAUUUCUCAGGUCAACUUUUGUGAGCCAUUUCAAAAAAACAGCUAUUUUUGUCAUAGUGCACUUACUAUUAAUUGUAGUGAACAACAAGAUUUGGAAUUUUAAGAUUUUAAUUUCUGGUUGCUAAAGAUGUUUUUAUAAAUAAUAGAUUCUAGUUGAUAAGUAAUACUAGCCAUAAUGUUAAGAAUAAGGAACUCCCAGCACCAGGAAUAAGUAAAAUGCCUUUUUAAUGUGUGAUCCCAGUGAGUGGGAUAUUUGUUCAGUACUGCACUGAACAGAGUGGGUACAAGAGCCAUUGGAAAUCCUCCCAUGAUAAAAGCACUUAGCUCACCACCGGAAUCCUUGAUUUCAUAGCCUCUCAAUUUUCAGCCACACACUGAAUUUCCCCUAAACUUUGUCCCUGAGCAAAACAUUCCUAAAAUAACCUUUAUUUUCACAGGAAACUAAGGCACAAUAACCCAAAAUAGAGAACUUAAACCUCAAGACAAUAUGACAUCCAAAAAUGUGUAUUUAAAAAAAAAUAAAAUCCUGUGGCAUUUAAUAUCCUAAGGUAUAUACUAGAUAAGGUGACUUACUUUAUUAUAUUAAGGUCCCUCUGUUUCUAGAUGGUUUUUCUGCUUGGUGUGUGUUGUUGUUGCUGCUGCUGCUGCUGCUGCUGCCACUGCCACUGCUGCUGCUGCUUAAACAGAGCUCACAAGUCUUUGGCAUCCACUUUAGGUUAUACGCUCAGAGUCAUCUUAUAACUGGAAACUGUCAGGUGGUUCCCCACCCCAGUCAGAGUAUAAAAGAGUCAAGAAAAAGAUGGGAAUAAAUGUUGGGUGAGUAAUUGGUUGGAUUAGGGGAGAGGGUUUUUCUGUAUUGUUUUUUGCCUGAUUUCUAAAAAUCUUGAUUUAUUAAUGUAAUCUCUCUUCGUUGAUUGGUUGCCAUUCUUAUAAUUUCUGAACCAUCUCAUAAAAUAUUCUUCUGAUUUAAAGACACUUAAAGCUUUUGGUUCUCUUUUUUACAUUUUCUGCUCAACUAAGAGACUAUCCUCAGAACAAUUUUUUUCCAGAUGCUUCACACCCUUUUCAUCCUUUAUCUUCUUCCCACCUGGGAAAGAAAGGAACUUGAAAAAAAAUUUUUUCAUUUUAUUCAUUGCUAAUGGGGCCUCAUUAUCUUACAUGAUGACUCUAUGACUUUUUCUAAUGACAAAAGUGAAUUAAGGGGGCCAGGGAUUUAGCUCAGCGGCACAGCGCCUGCCUAGCAAGCUCAGGGCCCUGAGUUCGAUUCCCAGUACCAAAAAACAAAGUGAAUUAAGGUAAUGAAUAAAACCUUUCAUCCACUUAAGCAUUUUCCAGUUGUGAGAUUCCCCUUGGUGUGUGGUCUCUUCCUCUUGCCAUCUCCUGCUACCCUUUCCCUGGUGAUGGUCAACUGGUGUUUAGGCUCAUACCAGUCUCCCCGAGACAUUCUGCAGUCAUUAUCACCUUUUUGGGGUGGAUUUUAUUUUUACUUCGUUUUUUUUAAAAUAGUUUUUUAACAUUGAUGCAUAUUUGCUUGGGAUAGAGCUUGUAUAAUUUGCCAGUCGUAUUGAUUGUAUGUGAUUGUGCCCUGCAGAGGUAUACUUAACAAAACAAAAAUAAUCUAGGUUAAUAAAGGAGCCCUAGAGAUUUGAGUCAGGUUUACUUGACUUAGGAAAAUACAGUUUUGAAUAGUGAAAAUUCUCUUGUUCUUCUAAAUCAGUGCCAGACAAAAUACCAUUUUUAAAGGUUUUUUUGCAUUCCUGUUUUUCUUUUUUCCAUUGCCACAACCCCCUCUUGUUUUCUAACCUGUCUCUACUCACCUCUUCAGAAAUAAAUAAAUAUUGAGCCUUAAAGUGACAACUGAUUUUUUGUUUUGUUUUGUUUUGUUUUUGGUACCGGGAAUCUCAGGUCCUUGCGCUUGCACAGCAGGCAGUGAAACCACUGAGCUAAAUCCCCGGUCCUGUGACAACUGAUUUUUAAAUUGCUGAGCUUUGUGAAAUUUACUUUUUCCAGAUGUUUCUUUUUUUUUUUUUUAAGUGAAGACAAAUAGACUGGUUUGGAAUUUCCCAUGCUGUGAAUAAUUUCUUAGUAUCUGGCAAACUGUGAAAUCUUACUUGAAGACUAUCUUCUGAAAGUUCUUUUGAAUAAGGCAAACCAUAUUUAAAAUGGACCAUUUUUUCUCUUUUUAAAUGUUUAAUAUUUCCAGUUUUUAACCAGCUUUCAAAACAGAUGUUCUGGGAAAAAAAAGUAAUUAGGAGUGUGUUUAGGGGAACAGAAUUCUGGGUCUGAGUAAGUUUUGUUUCACUUGUUGCAGAUGUUUGAGAGGAUUAAGGCCAUCUUUUUCAAUUUUGUAUUGUUUGUUUGCAUGUUGUUUAUAUCAGAGAUGCCACAUUUUGUUAAAAUGCUAUUUCCUUUCUUUAUUACCUUGGAAUCUGACUCAGCCUCUUGUUGCUCCUACUCAGUGUUUAAGGCUCCUGUGAGUUGCAGAUAAAAGGAUUUAUUUUAAGAAGUAGAAGGAGGUGAUUAACCGUUUGGAUUGUCAAUAUAUGAAAGUAUCUAUAAGGUCUUUAUCUGCUUUCUGUCAGCAUUUAUAUUAAAUGAUAAUGAGGAA